AUGAAUCUUUAAAAUCCUAAUAAUAUAAAUAUGAGUAAUAACAAUAAUUAUUUAAAUAUGAAUCUCAACAACUAAAAUUUAAGCAUGGGAAUUAACAAUAACCUAAACAACAAUAACAAGAAGACUCCUUUUAGUGUGAUUAAAAAUGAGAGUCUCCUUCCCAACACCAAUUAAAUAACUUAAAUGAGCAACUAGUAGCAAAGUUUAAAUGUGAAGCGAACAUUUGAAGCCAUGGGUCAGAAUUACUCAGACAUGAUGCAAGGCGCUUCUCAUUUAAAUUAGUUUGCACCAAUGGCAAACGACCCAAGUUAAAUUACGCUUAAUCCGCAGAGAAAAAAUAAUAAAGACUUUCAAGGAAUAGGAGAUGACCGUGGCGCUGAAAGAGAAAAGUAAGUGCAAUAACUUUUAAAAGAUUACGAUGGAAAUAAUUUUAAAUAUACCUCUGACUCAUUUACAUAUCAAGCCAAUUAAUUCCUCAAGAGAAUAGCUUCUGAGUCGCAUGCUAGCAAAAUAGCUUCAAAAUACCCUCUUUUCAAAAUGUUGCGUUCAAUAGUUAAGAAGUUUCUUUUUAACGAGCUAGAAAUAGUUUUCUUUGCUUACAUUUUGAGAGAAAAUUAAUGGAAGAUUGAUGAUGAAAGAAUUAAAUUAGCAGCACCUAAAGUGAAAGAUUUUAUGAACCAAAACGAAGUACAUGAUCAUAGUGAGUACUUGCAACUGCUAUUGUAUUUAAUACUUAAUGCUUAUGCAGUUAAGUAUUAUUUAAAUGAUAUGAGUGAGAUGGAAAUGUACGAGGCUCAUAUCCAAACAAUAGUUCCUGAAUUUUCUACUCUUUUUUCAUAUUGGUCAAAAAAAUUUGCCACAACUUCACUUAAAAUAAAUCCAAAAGUUCUUAAUAAAGUAUUUUAAAGCUUAUCUGUAAAAUCUACAGAUAAUUAAAAGAAAGUCCAUGAAGAUUACAAUUAGCUUGUAGAUAAUAUCAUUUAAAUCUCUCCACCUUAUAAUAAUAGCGAAAAGUAGGGUGAAUAAAAUGUAACCAAAAAAGAUCAAAGCAAUUAGUAAGGAAAUGGGGCUAAUUAGAGUGCCUCUGGAAAUGCUGGAGGACUAUCCAACGCUAGUAACUAAGCCAAUGCUAACUCUAUGGCAUUCUUAAAUAAUUUAUAUUUCAAAAAAGUAUAGUAGUAGUAAUAACAAUAAUAGCAAUAACAACAGGGAUAGUAAGGAGGCUCUAACGGAAGCUAAUUAAAUAAUAUUGGUACAGGAUUAGGAGGUAAUGGAAACAGUAUUUCAGGAAACAAUUAAAAUUCAGGAAAUACUGGUUUAAGUGGCUUGGGAAACAACGGCUCAGGCCUCAAUAUGAAUAGUAAUUUCUAAUAACCUAUUAUUAGCUAGCAAGCUGGAUAAAAUUAAGGCAAUUAGAAUAAUUAUUAAAAUGUAAAUAGCUAUAAUUUCGGCUAGAGCGAAUACAUAAGCGGCAUCAGUGCUGCUCCAGAUAGCUUCAAAGAACUACGCUUCAAUUAAAAUUAAAAAAAUAACUAAUAUGAUACUUUUAAUUCUUUAGCAUUAGAUAAUAAUUAUGAUUCUCAAAAAUCUUAAAUGGAUAUUCCUAUUUUAAAAAAUUAAAGUUCUUUCCAACCUUCUUUGCACACCAAUCUAGAUAAGAUAAUUGAUUCCUCAGGUGCUGCAAAUGUUUAAAGUUAAUUUAAUCGUUUUAACACAGGUUCUAUAUUUUCUAGCAAUGGAUAACUUCUAAGCAAUUUAGGAACUUCGUAGUUCCCAACUUCUGGAAACUAAUUCAAUAUAGGAAACAGUAGCAACUUUUCCAAUUCUAUAUUAUAAUCCUAAGGAUUUAACAACCUAGGUGGAAACGAUUUCCAUAUUGGAAAAGGUAAUGUGAUAGUCCCCAAGCCUAACAAAAUUAGUGGAAUAGGAGAUAGUUUUAUGUAACAUGGUCAUAAAUUAGAAGAAGACGGAAACUUAUAAUAACAACUUCUUUAAUAAAAUUUAUAACAACAAGAUAUGAUUAACCAUUCAAAGAAAAUAUAGUCAAGCACUUCUGCUUUCAUGAAUCAUGACUAAUGA